AUGGAAAAUGGAGGCGCAAUUUCUCCCAAGCAGCAUGUAAACGAAAUACAGGACACUGGAUUCGUGCAUAUCGACGUCACUGAGGGCGACGCCGAUAAUGUAUGCAGCAAAACCACGAAUCAUUUUGAAGUGGACUUGACCCCCGAUGAGCAGCGCAGGGUUAUUCGUCGUGUUGACCUCCGACUCGUCGUUACUGUUGGCAUCAUGUACUGCGUUAGUCUCAUGGACCGUACCAACAUGAGUGCCGCCAAUAUCGCCGGAAUGAAAACGGAACUGCAUCUUGAGGGGUUUCAGUAUAACAUUGCCAAUCUUGUGUUCUUUGUUCCGUACAUCAUCUUCCAGGCCCCUUCCAUCCUCUUGGUUCGCAGAAUUGGGCCACGUCUCCAUCUUGCUGGUAUCACGGUGCUCUGGGGAGCUACUAUGAUCGGCAUGGGUUUUGUUCAAAGCUUCAGUGCGCUUGCGGGCCUCAGGGCUAUCCUUGGCCUGUUAGAGGCAGGUUUUUUCCCGAGCUGCGUCUACUUGCUGAGUACCUGGUAUACUAGAUAUGAGAUUGGUAAACGAUACUCUCUGUUCUACCUGCUCGGAUCGGUUGCGUCGGCUUUCUCUGGCAUUCUUGCCUAUGGUCUUAUGCAACUCAACCGCCAGCGUGGCAUUACUGGCUGGCGCUGGAUCUUUCUGGUCGAAGGGGCCCUUACGUGCGCCUUAGCAUGUAUAUCCUACUGGCUCCUCGUUGAUUUCCCCGACUCUCAGCAGAGACAGACAUGGAAGUUUCUCAAACCUUCGGAGCGCCAGUGGAUCAUCAACCGCAUCCAGGAGGACCGCAAAGACGUUCAAGUGCCGCCCUUUCACAUACGUGGAUUUCUUAGCAGCAGUACCGACUGGAAAAUUUGGGUCUACGCUAUGGUAUUCUUUAACACGACAACAGUGUCAUAUGCGCUAGCCUACACACUACCUCUCAUUCUUGUCGGCAACAUAGGCUUCGACAUCGGCACUGCCCAAUGCUUAGUCGCCCCCCCCUAUGCUUUUGCCGGCAUUAUGAUGCUCGCUACUGGGUGGUUUGGGGAUAAGUUCCACCUUCGUGGACCUAUCAUUAUCUUCAAUAUGUUCCUUUGCCUCAUCGGCCUGCCUAUGAUGGCAGGCGCAAACAGCAACAUACCGGCUACAAUGGCCUUUCAGGCCAACAACAUACGCGGCCAGUGGAAGCGUGCAUUUUGCAGCGUCACUUUAGUUGGCUUUGGUGGCAUCGGUGGUAUUGCUGGAAGCCUAAUCUUUCGCGAUCAGGACAAGGCCACGGGAUACAAGCCGGGAAUCUACGCCUGCAUUGCUUGUUCGCUUCUUACGAUUAUUGUCGUUUUGUUGUGCGAUUGGGACUUUUACCGACAAAAUAAGCUGGCGGAUAAAGGCGAGCAGCCUGUUGAAGCUAGUGCCAAUGACCCUCUUGAUGGAUUUCGUUAUACAUACUAG